UCCGGCUUUGUUCCGGUCACGUGAUUGAGGUUUGACGCACCGGAACCCUGCAGGUGACGUGGAAUAUGGGGACGAUAACAAUAAAUCCUUGUGUAUCACGAAGCUCAAAACAAGCUUGAUUGUUGAAGUUACCAGAAGGAGUCGGGAUUGGCGUACCCCAGGAUUACCAUAUUGUAGCAUCCAGAUAAUAUUCUUAUGAGAACUGCUUGAGAAUCCUGUGAUCUCCAGUCAUGGCUAGUCCAGAUGAUUUAAAGUUUCAGGAGUUUGAGGAAGCGGCUGAUCUCCUUUCUUCAAAUCCUGGAGCCUCAACCCUCAGCAUCUCCAACCCCAGCGCAGCAGCAGCAGCCUCCUCUGGAGAUGUCAGAGUUGAUCUGUCAGACGAUGAAGACAAUCAGCAAGAAAGUUCCGAGCUGCUUGGAGGUGAAAAGCAAACAGGUGGUUUUUGGACGUUUGAAUACUAUCAGUCAUUCUUCAAUGUAGAUACAAUGCAGGUGCUGGAUAGGAUAAAAGGCUCAGUCAUGCCUUUGCCAGGACGAAAUUUCGUCAAACACCACAUUCGAAAUAACCCUGAUCUCUAUGGUCCUUUCUGGAUCUGCGUGACUCUAGUGUUUUCAGUGGCCAUCAGUGGAGACGUCUACACAUUUCUGUCUAAGAUGGGAGACACAGAGUAUCACUACAGACCACAAUUCAACAGAGUUUCGAUCGCAGCCAUCACUGUGUUCCUCUAUGCAUGGCUGGUGCCUCUAGGAGUUUGGGGCUUCCUAACGUGGCGUCAAAGUGUUGAGAGACACAUCAGCGGUUACACGUUUUUAGAGACUGUGUGUGUCUAUGGUUACUCUCUGUUCAUUUAUAUCCCUACCUCGAUAUUAUGGACCAUUCCCGUCUACUGGCUUGAGUGGCUAUUGAUUGUCAUUGCUAUGGUGAUCUCUGGCGGAGUGUUGGUAAUGACGUUCUGGCCGGCUGUUCGUGAUGACACAAAACUUACGGCAUUCGCUACCAUGGUGGUAAUAGUGUCACUUCAUGCCCUUCUGGCCAUUGGCUUUAAGCUCUACUUCUUCCAAACAUCAACAAAGUCUGGAUCAUCGCAUAUCGGACAACAGAUGACCCCAGCCACAAAUCACACAACAACUAACGUGGGAAAGCAUCAAUGACCAACUGAAUGGGAACCUAGGAGCGUAUAUAUUUAAAGGACAUGGAAAGUGUGUAAUAAUUAUGAUUGAGCAAUGAAGGAGCAAUGAAUAACUGAGCAAUGAAGGAGUUCAGAUUAGCGUGCCGACGCUUGAUGCACAUAAGCAUUCCCGGCGAACACGUUGAAUGUGUUUCCAGUUUGUAACUAACACAGCAGAUAAAAUAACCUCGGUCAGAUCAAAAGGCAGAUCACAAUAAUGAUUUUAGUUUGUACUUUGUUUCUUUAAUACAUAAAGUGACCUGCCCAAUAUUAUUUUCCUCAAGUGUUAUGGUCACUUAUUACCUAAAAUUUAAGUUUCUUUUGAUCAAAAUAGAGUAAUUUAUAAGAAUGAUCUUGUAUUACUGUGAACUGAUUUGAGGUUUGCCUUAAACACCUGACUGCUUUCUUUCCUUGUAGGCUACUUUCUCUCAUUAUUCUGAAAAUGGAAUGGAAGUACCUGUAUUAAGUAUUUAAUGUUGCUUUCCUGGACAGUUUUUUGCUUGACACUGUGGAUUAAAAUCAUUCUUGUCAGG